GUGUGGCAAAAGCUUGAAGAAGAAAACCAGGAAUUCUUCAGGGCAUACCGGUUGAGGUUAAUAGUGAAGGAUCAAAUAUUGAGAUUCAAUGAGUUGCUUGAGAGGCAAGCUAAGCUAAUAAGUCAGAUAUGUCCAGCUGGAGUGAGUUCGAUUCCCCUGGUUAGCGGUGGAUCUCAAAUUCGUCAAUUGCAUGAUAACUCUACCUGCACAACAACUGAUAACAUUGGACCGGUCAUGAAGGCUGACACCAUGAACCAAAAUAUGAAUGCCAGUUUACUUAAUGUAUACUCGAAUAGCGUGUCCUCCCUACAAACUCGUAUGGAAACUGCCCUUGAUAUGUCCACUCAUCAUCCACGGAGGAUUAAUGUCUUACCAAGCACCCUGCUGGCUCAGACUGCUAGUGGGGGGUUGAUGCAUGGGGGACAACUCAUCAAAUCAGAAGCAGCUGCUGCUCCUGCUUAUCGUCAUCCUGCCAAUCCUCAUUUUAUGUUUGGUAGUGACAACAAUGUUAUGGAAAGCCGUCCUGCCAUCACCGAUGCGUCCAUUUCAUCCUUCAGUAGUGUGGAGUCUAAUUCACAGAACCUGAAUGAGACUGUCUUGGAUGCCGCUGAUACAUCCUUUGGGUUCUUGGGGCAGAUUCCCCGCAACUUCAGUUUGUCUGAUUUGACAGCUGAUUUUGCUAACAGUUCAGAUAUUUUAGAGACAUAUUCGAGAUCGCCUUUCCUAGCUUCAGACACAGAUAGCUUCCUGGAUCCUCAUUGUAUGAGAGAGCACCGAGGUAAAGUGGUAAACAUAGUGAAUUAUUGAAUACAUUUACAUCACGUUUAAAAAACUCUGGCAGUUGUUGUUAAAGAUCUCUAAAGAUGUGUGCUAAGACUUAAUUAUAUCGUGAAAUACUAGUUACUUUUUCAUAUUUUUCUUGCUCUUUUUAUCAUUUCUCAUUUAGUAUAUGUAAAAAUUCCAGGCCCAUUUGCUCCGUAGAUACAACCCCUGGAGGAGUGUCGUGUAAAUAAGGAAUGGGACAUGCGAAGCUUUGAGAAUGUGUAGGCUGGGUUGAUUUAUUGGUCGGUGUAACUCUUGUGGAUAAGAAAUAUUUAGUCAUUCUAAGGAAUGGGUGGGUAUAUGUGCAUUUGUUUUGUGCAAAUAGUUUUAUUACAGGAAAAUAAUCAGUAUGCUUUUAUGUGAAUGAAUGGCGGUGCUGAUAAUAUGAUGGAAUUGUGAAACGUUCAUACGACCUGCAGCUUUUUAGUUUUUACCACAAGCAGAAAUAGUGCUAAAUUUAUAGCUAAAUUGU